UUCAGAAUGACAGUAUGCAGAAGUGAACAGUGCUUGUUCAUUGUACAGGGUCAUCCUAGCUUCUGUGCUCCAACGCAGCUUCCUUAGCUGGAUCGAGGUGCUAACUAUGAGAACUGCUAUCCAACGGAAUACAGACGGACGAAUUCAGAGAGCUGAGCAUCACUUGGAGGGAUCUAUCAUGCUUUGCCCAGGGAGAUUUUAAAGAACCCAGGUUUCUGAAUGUAAAGAUGCAAAAACGCUCCAUCCAUGAAGAUCCUAUUACCUAGGAAGAACUUGACAUUUUGCUGCAAAUUCUGUGUUGGGAUUUAUUUAUUCUUGGAGUGUUCUGCAUGGCUGACAAAGAAUAAUGUUCCAAAAUCGGUCCAUCUCCCAAGGGGUCCAAUUUUUCUUCCCGGGUGUCAGCAAGCCCUGACUCACCACAGAGCAGCUGACAGGGGCUGUCAUGCUUGUGGCACCCUAAGCAAAAGCAAAAGACCUAAGGACGACCUUUGAACAACACAAAGGAUGGGUUUCAAUGUAUUUAGGCUAUUGAGCGGAUCAACUGUAGCCCUGGUAAUAGCCCCUACUGUAUUACUGACAAUGCUUUCGUCUGCUGAACGAGGAUGCCCUAAGGGCUGUAGGUGUGAAGGCAAAAUGGUAUAUUGCGAGUCUCAGAAAUUACAGGAGAUACCCUCGAGUAUAUCAGCUGGUUGUUUAGGUUUGUCCCUUCGAUAUAACAGCCUCCAGAAACUAAAAUACAAUCAGUUUAAAGGUCUUAACCAACUCACCUGGCUCUAUCUAGACCAUAACCACAUCAGCAAUAUUGAUGAAAAUGCAUUCAAUGGAAUACGCAGGCUAAAAGAGUUGAUCCUGAGUUCCAACAGAAUUGCCUAUUUUCUUAAUAACACAUUCAGACCAGUGACAAAUCUCCGGAAUUUGGAUUUGUCAUACAAUCAGCUGCAGUCUCUGGGAUCUGAACAGUUCAGGGGCUUAAGGAAGCUGCUGAGUUUACAUUUGCGGUCCAAUUCUCUGAGAACAAUCCCUGUCCGAAUUUUCCAAGACUGUAGGAACCUUGAACUCUUAGACUUGGGCUACAACAGGAUCCGGAGCUUAGCUAGGAAUGUCUUUGCAGGCAUGAUCAGGCUGAAAGAGCUUCACCUGGAGCACAAUCAAUUUUCUAAGCUUAACUUGGCACUUUUUCCAAGACUAGUCAGCCUUCAGAACCUUUAUUUACAGUGGAAUAAAAUCAGCGUGAUAGGACAAACCAUGUCCUGGACCUGGAGCUCAUUACAAAGGCUUGAUUUAUCUGGCAACGAAAUUGAAGCCUUCAGUGGACCUAGUGUUUUCCAGUGUGUGCCCAAUUUGCAGCGCCUCAACCUGGAUUCCAACAAGCUCACGUUCAUUGGUCAAGAGAUUUUGGAUUCUUGGAUAUCUCUCAAUGAUAUCAGCCUUGCUGGGAAUAUAUGGGAAUGCAGCAGAAACAUUUGCUCCCUGGUAAACUGGCUCAAAAGUUUUAAAGGGCUGAGGGAAAAUACAAUUAUCUGCGCCAGCCCCAAAGAGCUGCAAGGGGUGAACGUGGUUGAUGCAGUGAGAAAUUACAGCAUAUGUGGCAAAAGUACUACAGAAAGGUUUGAAUUGCCACAGGCUCCCCCAAAGCCAACUUUUAAACCCAAAGUCAUCAGGCCUAAGCACGACAGCAAACCUCCUGUGCCCCCCACCGCUGGGGCCACUGAAGCCAGCACAGAGCCUGAGCAUGACACAGAACACAUCUCCUUCCACAAAAUCAUCGCCGGGAGUGUGGCCCUGUUCUUGUCAGUGCUUGUGAUCCUGCUGGUCAUCUACGUGUCGUGGAAGCGUUAUCCUGCCAGCAUGAAGCAGCUGCAGCAGCGCUCGCUCAUGCGGAAGCAUAGGAAAAAGAAACGGCAGGCGCUGAAGCAGAUGACUCCAACCACACAGGAGUUUUAUGUCGAUUACAAGCCCACUAACACCGAGACCAGCGAGAUGCUGCUGAAUGGAACGGGACCCUGCACGUAUGGCAAGUCAGGCUCCAGGGAAUGUGAGAUACCUUUAUCUAUGAAUGUGUCUACGUUUCUUGCGUAUGAUCAGCCCACGAUAAGUUACUGUGGUGUGCAUCAUGAACUCCUUGCUCAUAAGCCCUAUGAAUCAAAUGCACAGGAAGAAACAAUGGAGACCCACCUAGAGACUGAUCUGGAUUUGAGCACAAUCACAACAACAGCACGAAAUUAGUGAUCAUUCUCAGCUGGCUUAUGGGGUCUGAAAUACAGCCAAGAGUUGCCACCAAAUUUUUAUUCCACAUGAAGGAUGAAAUGAAGAUUUCUUCAGUGAUGGAUUCCAAAAUUCCUGUUCAGUUACAAAAAGAGUUCCACAUCAAGAUACAGAUUGUUUCGAGUCUACAAUUUGUAAUUAGCUAAGUUGUGCAGUAUUUUUUGACUUUAAAAACAGAGUAUGAUCCUUAAAAAUAAAUCUUUUUUCAAAACUCAUCCUACCUACCUGUAAAAACAAACAAACUGUACAGAUCUAAUGUAUUUUUUCAUAUUGUAAAGUUUCAAUAUACUGAGAUGUACUGGUAUGUACAGGACCAUGAUUUAAUUACACCUUACUUUACAAAUUUCAGUUUCUAAGAUUUUAAAUUAACAGAAGUUCUAUCUUGUGUUAUAUUCAGAGUUUCUUGGUUUUGUAGAAACUGUUUUGUUACUGCUUUUGUGCCCCCAAAAAACCUUCACUCUGAAAUCCGGUGCUGUGCAAGACCAGCACAACCUUUUAUCACACUGACUGCAUAGAGAAUUCUAUCUACUUGUUCCAGAAAUAAUCCAUUAAUCAAAUGGAGGGGUCGAUUGUUCAAGCUUACCUAGACAAGUUUUUCCUAUAAAUAGAAAUCAAAGAUUUUUUUUAACAGUUCUCAGAAUUAACUGUUGCCUUGAAUUACAGCCUGGUUUCUAAAGCAAUGAAAUGUAAUGAUAAAGAGGGAUAUUUUAACAACACAUCUCUGAAUGAAUGACUCAUUGUUUUUAUUCCUUCAUGUAGUACUGUAUCUGAAAACAAAAAAUGCACCAUGGACAAAAACAGCACUGAAGACAGUAACCACAGCAACAUAGUUCUAUACACUUGAAAAAUGCAGUUAUUGGCUGACCAGGAUGCAGUUUUAUUUAGUCUCACUGUACUGUACUGCAGCAUAAUGCAGUCGGGUAGCCAUGAUGAUUAGAUGUGUUCAGAUUCUGCAAGCAUAGUGGAAGCACCAGCAUAGUGCACUUUGUGGUUCUUUUAGGACUGUCCCAAAAUUGGCCUGAAAAGAGUCAGAAACCAAUUGCAAUUUUUCAGGUUUUACCAUUUUAAAAAGAUGAUUUGACAUGCAUAUUUCAAUGCACAAAAGAAUCUGUCUUUUAAGAGAUUGCAUCCAAAGAGGCCUGCACAUUUGUCUUUUGGAACUGCAAUCAGAACAUAACAAAUAAUAGAUGGGGAUAAAAUGUAGUACCAAUUCAUGCAAUUUCUUUUGUAGCUUAUUGUCCAUCCAUGUUGACUCUUUAUGGUUUUAUCUUAGAUUGAAUGGGGAGGUAGUCCUAGCACUCAGUUAUGUGCACAGAGCAAUAAAUGCUUAAAAGCUGUCAUUAGCAGUGGAACUCAAAGGGCUGGUUCAUACACUCACUUAGCUGAAAAGCUUCUUUCUGCGCGAUUGAGGCAUGUCAACAUUUACAACUCUGCAAAUAUAAGGUAAUAUAUAUAAUGAGCAUUGCUCAUUAUACACAUUGCUCAAAUAUAAUGAGCAAUGUGGACACGUCAUGUCAAUAAUAGGGAUGUGCACAAACUGACGUUCAGCCAGUUCAGUGGUGGGGGGCUUACCUUUAAGAAGCAGGGAGGGUGCCCUUACCCCCAUCCCACCCCACCCCACCCCACCUCCCCUGCUGGUGCUGUCUCCAAGAUCACUGGUAUGGGGUGGCAGCAUACCUCCUUGCCACCCAGUCAGCAUCAUAUAGGAAGUGGCCGGUGCAUGCAUGACAUACGCACAUGGGGGAAACAUGGCGGGGGGAAACAUGGCUGGGGGGAACAUGGCGGAGGGGGAUAAGGGCACCCUCCCUGCUUCUUUUAGGUAACCCCCCACCACUGAACCGGCCAAAUGCCAGACCUCUGAACUGGUCUGGCAGUCCGUAAAAGGACUGCCGAACCGGUUCUUGCACAUCCCUAGUCAAUAAUGCAUAGGGAUUUCUCUUUUUUCUGAGUUGGAAGGAUUACAUAAACUGGGGCUACAGAUGCACAGGCCUAUGCAUGCAAUGUUCGCAUUAACACAUCAUCCUCUAAGUGUGGUAGGGUACUCUAAUGAACCUACUUCUCUACCAUGCAGAGCAGAUAAGUCUGUGGGGGGGGGAGGGAGAGAGAGAACAAGAACCAGCCACAAGUCAGAAUCUGUGCUCAUGACUGUCUAUAGGCCAUGAGCUCAUUCACACCACUGAGAAGUGUGUUCUACCCUGGUUUGGGAGCUGUGUGUGCCUCCAAUUUUUGGUUGUGUGGGUGCAAAUAAACAGGCAGAGGAGAGAGAAGUGAUUGUGUGGAAGCAAGGUAGGAAGAAAAGUUACCCAGGCUUUCCUCCCACCUUCCUUCCACACCAUCACUUCUCCCUCCUCUUACCUAGUUGUUUGCACCCACACAACCAAAUUUGGGAGUACAACAGUUCCCAAACCUGGGUAGAACACACUUUUCAAUUGUGUGAAUGACCUCUAUAACUACUCCUCCAUUCUGAGUAACAGCUGACCAAAAAAAUCACUAAAGAUGGAAAGGAAGUCCAAAGAGCAAUUGGGAGAAUCUCCUCUAGUCCAUCUAUUGAAGGCUAAAACUUUAUCAGAUCCCAAACUCUAAUUCAAUACUGUAUGUGGAAUUAAACUAUUCCUGUUACUUUAUUUAAUGACUGAGUUUAUUUUUUGCCUGUUAAAAACUAAAUACCCAUGAUAGCUUAAUAUAUGAAAAGACCAAGACCAUAAAUUACAAAUAUUUAGUGAAUGGCAGAUCAAAUCAAGGAGAGAGAGGAAUGUUAAAUACAUUAAAAUUACUAAAAUAAAAAUAAAUUGUUCGCACAUUCCAAUUAUUCAUGUUGUACUACUGAUUACCAUUCGACUACUAAAUUGGGGGGAUGGUGGGAACAAAACUCACUCAUAUAUUUAAAACCUCAGCUUCAGGCUAUUGAUAACCCUGUACUAUUGCAAUGAAAUUUAUAGUACAAAUAUCUUAAAAACUUGGGCAGUUAUGUCAGAAGUUUUACCUUGUGGUGUGCUGCCUAGGGCAUAGGUAAUUAGAAAUUCUUGGGUAAAUGUUAGGACAAAAACAUUUCAUACAAUAGUAACAACUUUUUAAUAAAUAAAUAAAUAGAUAGAUAGAUAAAUAAAUAAAUAUUAUUUAACCACAGAUCUAUUUUCUCAAUAUCUCUGCCAAAUAUUUUACAGUGACUUCUAUCUGUCAAAUACAUUUAAAACUCUGAAUUCCACCAUUUGUAUAAAGCAACUCUUAUUAGAAAAACAUUACCAGAAUAUUGUUAAAAAGAAAAAUGGGGAUACAAAAAUGUCAAAAGAGAGUACAUUGUAUUAUUUAUUUAGCAUCCUAGAUUUUGUAACAUAUUUUGCAUAAAUUAUUUGCUAUUCAAAA